UCAUUUAGUUAAAAGCACAUUAGUUGUCAAUUUAACAAGCAGAAAAUGCAGUUUCCAGUCGACAGACUGAGAGGGGAGGAACUGAAAUCGACUCGUUCAGACUCCAUUUUAACAAUUCAGAGCAGUAGUGUAGAGCAGUAGUAGUGAAACGGGGGAAACUAUAUUGUCAAUGAUACUUCCUGCUCUCUCAGUCAGAAUGUGUGUGUGUGUGUGUGUGUGUGUGUGUAGGCUGGAAAAGGAAAUGUUAAUUUCAAUCACACAAGUGUCGACAUACGUGGUAUACUUUCACUGUUCACUGAUUCAGUGUAACUGGUUUACCUCUCACUCUGACUGAAGUCCAGAAGAUGAGUGAUUGUGUAGACACAAAGGAGGACGGAGGAGAGUCUCAAGAAUACACCACCAGUGAUGGGUCCAAAGUUACUCCUUCAGCCCUCAGUAAUGAGCCUGAACCUUCAGCUACAAGAUGGAUGAAGGGGAGCAGUAUUUCUGUGGAGGAGCAGCUGUCCUGUUGUGCUUUGUGUCAGAAUGUCCUAAAGGAUCCAGUCUCCACCAGCUGUGGACACUGGUUCUGCAGAGAGUGCAUCACCUCAUACUGGGACCAGUCUGGUUCAUCACAAGACUCCUGCUGUCCCCAGUGUGGAGAAACAUACAGAAUAAGCCCUGGCCUGCAGAAAACAAGUGAGACCAGCACUGUACAAACAGACAGUGUUCUGCAGGAGGUUUUAGAUGAACAUAAGAUCAGUCUGAGGAAGAGAUGUGAACGUGUGACUGAAGGAACUGAUGAAACAGGAAGUGAAAGCCUCCUCAACAGGAUCUACACUGAGCUCUACAUCACAGAGGGACAGAGUGAAGAGGUUAAUACCCAACAUGAGGUGAGGCAGCUUGAGACGGCUUCCAAGAUGAAGACCCACCAUGACACUCCAAUCAAGUGCCACGACAUCUUCAAAGCCUUAACUGACCAACAGAGACACAUCAGAGUGGUUCUGACCAACGGUGUCGCUGGUGUUGGAAAAACCUUCUCGGUGCAGAAGUUCACUCUGGACUGGGCAGAGGGCUUGGAAAACCAAGAUGUCAGUCUGCUGGUUCUGCUUUCAUUCAGGGAGCUGAACUUGAUCAAAGAUGAGCAGUACAGUCUUCUCAUGCUGCUCCAAGUUUUCCAUCCAACAUUACAGAAGGUCACAGCAGAGACGCUCACUGUCUGUAAAGUUCUGUUCAUCUUUGACGGCCUGGAUGAAAGCAGACUGUCACUGGAUUUUCACAACACCAAGGUUGUUUUUGAUGUCACACAGAAGUCACCAGUCAAUGUUCUGUUGACAAACCUCAUCCAGGGGAAUCUGCUUCCCUCAGCUCUGGUCUGGAUAACUUCCCGACCUGCAGCAGCAAGUCAGGUCCCUCCCACAUGCAUUGACAGGGUAACAGAAGUACGAGGCUUCAAUGACAUCCAAAGGGAAGAGUACUUCAGGAGGAGAUUCAGUGACGAAAAGGUGUCCAACAGAAUCAUUUCACACAUCAAGGCAUCCAAGAGCCUCCACAUCAUGUGUCAAAUCCCAGUCUUCUGCUGGAUCUCUGCUACAGUUCUGGAGCACAUGUUGACUACUGACCAGAAAGGAGAGCUGCCCAAGACCGUGACUGACCUGUACUCACACUUCCUGCUGGUUCAGACAAAGAGGAAGAAGCACAAGUAUGAUGAGGGACAAGAGACAAGUCCACAGGAGCUGAUGGAGGCUGACAGGGAAGUUCUUCUGAAGCUGGGGAGGCUGGCGUUUGAAAAUCUGGAGAAAGGAAAUAUCAUGUUCUAUGAAGAGGACCUGGAGCAGUGUGGUCUUGAUGUCAAAGAGGCCUUGGUGUACUCAGGAGUUUGCACAGAAAUCUUCAAAAGAGAGUGUGUGAUCUUCCAGAAAACAGUCUACUGCUUUGUUCAUCUGAGCAUUCAGGAGUUUCUCGCUGCAGUCUACAUGUCCCACUGUUACACCAAUAGGAAGACACAGGUACUGAAGAACUUCCUGGGAGAAGACUGGAAAUAUAAAAACCCAUUGGAGGAGUUCAGAGUGAGUGAAGAUGAGGAAAAUUAUGACAGUGACUUGGCAUACCUGGAAGAUGAUGACUAUGAUGAUGAUGUUGAUUAUGAUGAUGAUGAUGAUCAUUACAAUGACUAUGAUGAUGAUCAUAAUGAUGAUGACUAUAUUGAUGUUGAUAAUGAUCCUUAUGAUGAAGAUGAUCACAAUGAUGACUAUAGUGAUGAUGAUAAUGAUCCUUAUGAUGAAGAUGAUUAUGACUAUAGUGAUGAUGAUAAUGAUCCUUAUGAUGAAGAUGAUCACCAGUAUGAUGAAGAUAAUAAUCAUGAUAGUGACAAUGACAAUGAUCAUGAUAAUGAUGAUCAUGAUGACAUGCAUGAUGAUGAUCAAGAUGAUGGUGUUGCUAACGUAUACCCUUCACCAGCAGCCUUCCUGAAGCUAACAAUGGAAAAAGCACUCAGGAGUAGAAAUGGCCACCUGGACCUUUUUGUUCGCUUCCUUCAUGGCCUCUCUCUAGAGUCCAACCAGAAACUCUUAGGAGACCUUCUGGGUCAGACAGAGAACAGUCCGGAAAUCAUCCAGAGAGCCAUCAACAACCUGAAGGAGAUGAACAUUGAUGACAUCUCUCCCGACAGAAGCAUCAACAUCUUCCACUGUCUGGUGGAGAUGAACGACCACUCAGUACAUCAGGAGAUCCAAGAGUUCCUGAAAUCAGAGAACAGAUCAGAGAAGAAACUCUCUGAGAUCCACUGCUCAGCUCUGGCCUACAUGUUGCAGAUGUCAGAGGAGGUUCUGGAUGAGUUGGACCUGAGAAAGUACAACACAUCAGACCAGGGACGACAGAGACUGAUUCCAGCUGUGAGGAACUGCAUGAAAGCACGACUUACUGCAUGUGAGCUCUCAGAGACUCACUAUGAAGUCGUGGCUUCAGCUCUGAAAUCAAACCCCUCCUAUCUGAAAGAGUUGGACCUAAGUGGAAAUGACCUGCAGGAUUCUGGGGUGAAACAGCUGUCUUCUGGACUGGAGAGUCUAAACUGUGGACUGGAGACUCUGAGAUUGAGUGACUGCAGUUUGUCAGAGAUCAACUGUGCUUCUCUGGCCUCAGCUCUGAAGUCCAACCCCUCCCACCUCAGAGCUCUGGACCUGAGUCUCAAUGACCUGCAGGAUCCAGGAGUGACAGAGCUGUGUGGUUUUCUGGAGAGUCCAGACUGUAGACUGGAGGCUCUGAGGUUGUGGUCCUGCUAUUUGUCAGAGAUCAGCUGUGCUUUUCUGGUCUCAGCCCUAAAGUCCAACCCCUUCCAUCUGAGAGAACUGGAUCUGAGUGGAAUUUGGGACCUGCAGAUUUCAGACCUCAAGGAGCUGUGUGGUUUCUUGGAGAGUCCAGACUGUAGACUGGAGGCUCUAAAGGUCAAUGACAGGGAGAUUAAAGCCUCCAGAGACAAAACAUAUGUCUCUUAUGUCAAACUGGACCCAAACACAGACACAGAGCUGGAUGCAUCUGAGGACAACACGGAGCUGAUGAAGCCUCCAUCAAGCUUCACACCAGAACUGCAAACUGAAUCUACACAAGUCGCAUACAGGUUCAGGUGUCCUGGUCCAGGUGGGUUCCAGUGUGCUUUGACUGGACUGGUGUUUGUCAUGACUCAGAAAGCGCAGCUGCUCUACAAGACUGUCCAAUGGGACGAGAGCCUCCUCCACUCCACGGGCAAGAUGGCUGCAGGGCCGCUGUUUGAUAUCCAGUGUCCUGAGGAUGCUGUCUAUCAGCUCCACAUCCCACACUGUGAAACAAAGGAUGCUCUGCUCUCUGAGUGCCGACUGUCUGUCGCCCACAUCAGUGACGAUGGAAUGAGCAUCCUCAAACCGCUGGAGAUCACAGACACCCAUGUGAUUGUCAACGUCCCUCAUCUCUCUGCCUUUGGCCUGGUCUGGGAGUUUUUAGGGAGGAUUUGGAACAACAUGAACCCAAUCAGCGGCCAAAUUUUGCUGUUCCUGCGACCACCAAACCCAAAAACACAGAGGCAAAACCUCAAUGUGCUUCUCCUGCCAAUCAACAUCCCUCUGGAGGAGGUGAUUGCAAAACAGAGAAAUUCUGAGUACAUCCAGGCACCUUCCAUAUGCAGAUUCAUCAAAGACCAAAGUUACACUGUUCACUGUCCGAAGGCCUACAAAAUACAGCCUCAGAAAGCAGAGUUUUACCUGAAUUUUGGACCAAACUACCACCCAACGUUUGAGAUCCGCCUGCCUACAAACACAGAAGAAGUGACUAUAACGGUCCGAGACCAAACAAAUGAAGAUGUCUGGGAGCAUAAUGUUGACCUGACUGGUAAAGAUGAAUAGAAAAGAAGAGAAGAGAGUGAUAGUUAUUGAUUGGUCCAUGGUGCCUUUAUACUUUGUUUAAAUACUGUCUUUAUCUGAUGUUGGUUUGUAUCUUUUUCAAGUUUUCUUGCCACAGGAGAGUGUCAAACCAAAUUUUGUUGUAGGUACAAUGACAACAAAACUUCCUCAGAUCACCUUCAGUCUGCUACAAUUUUAAUGGAUCUUAUUGGCCAUGGAUCUCCAGGGCCAAUGUGUAUAAAAUUAGUGAGAAAUGGUCCUGAAUCAGUCAAUAGUUGUUGCCUAUAUAUCUAUGUACAGAUACAUCAGGUGUCAAAUUAAAUAAAAACAUAAAGUGUCUUAGUAAGUUGUAGGGCUGCCAGAACAACUUCAGUGUACCUUGGCAUUGAUUCUCCAAGUCUCUGGAACUCUACUGGAGGUAUGAAGCACCAUUUUCCCAGACAAUAUUCCCUCAUUUGGUGUUUGAUGAUGGUGGUGGAGAGCGCUGUCUAACACAUCAGUCCAAAGUCUCCCCAUGGUGCUCAUUUGUGUUUGAGAUCUGGUGACUGUGAAGGCCAUAGCAUAUAAUUCACAUAAUUUUCAGUCACAUCAAACCAUUCAGUGAGCCUUCAUGCCCUAUGGAUGAGGGCAAUGUCAUCCUGUUUCACCACUCAUUUUCCUUUAAUUUGUCACCUGUCUCUAUACUAUAUACAGUAUAUGUUAUAUUUAACACAAGUACUUUUCUUGUCCAUCUUUCAGAUCCUGGCUCCAGCAGGGACUCCAAGUGUCCCAGCGGACAGGAGUGUCCAAGUACAGACUCCAAGUGUCCCAGCAUGGACUCCGAAUAUGCCUGAAGGGACUUCAAGUGUUCUAGUAUGGACUCCAGGUUCCCCAACGGGGAUUCAGAGUGUCCAAGAACAGACUCCAAGUGUCCCGGCAUUGACUCUGAGCAUCCCAGCAGAAAAGAAGCUGAUGACUGUUCGGACACAGUUCAUCGACAGAGUGUCUGAACCUGUUCUACGUAAGCUGCAGGAUAAACUCCUGGAACAUGGAGUGAUAACUGAUGAGGAAAUGGAGUCUGCUGGUACACUGAACAGAGCAGACACAGCGCGUAUGGUAAUCGACAUGGUGAGAAAAAAGGGAUCACGCGCCAGUUCAGCUCUGAUCAUUGCCCUCUGUGAAGAGGAUUCAUGUCUUGCAACAGAGUUGAACUUAAUGUGAAGCAGAGACGAUUUGUAUCAGGGUAUCUCUGUCUUACACCAACACAUUUUUAAUUCUCAAGUUAAACUUUAGCCAUUUCAUCUAUUGUUUACGCAUAGCAGGUAGAUAUGUUAAAACUGCAUGAAUCAGGGUUACCUGUACUGUACAGAGUCACAUGAUAAAUUUUGUCUAAUGUAUGUUUCCACAGUUCAGUUCCACUAAUUCAUCAGUUCAACAACCACAUCAUUUCAUAGGUUUAAUUUGGAGUUGGACCCUGUGUUCUGUUGUGGACAUGAAAAUCUAUUCUGCUUUGACUCAUCAAAGAUUUGUAUACUGACACAAAUGUAGCUGUACAAUUACUUAAUGUUUGGCACUAUGCUUUACGGUUAAUAAAUAACAUUUUUUGUCUCAAA